AUGAAAAGGCAAGACAGAAACAGUUAAGGAAAAAGUUGCUUUUUCUGUUAUAAUUAUUAUGUUUCGAUUCCUUUCCAUUGAGGAAAGAUAGGGGAAUGUAUGCAAGUAACGGUCAACUUAUUUUGUCAGAAGCAGCAGAAAAGACAAACCCUGUUUGGAUUUUUGGCUCAGCAGUCACGAGAACAUGUUCUAUUCCAUCUUCAAUCACUGCAACACCCAGUCUCACUUAUUAUCCUUUCCAACCAUUCAUUCUCUCUUGCAGACGGAUGAAACUAAAAUGUCUCAUACUUCAAUGGCUACAGUAUCAUCGUCUUCUGGUACUGGUACUGGAACUGCUAGUACUACUGCUCAUAACCACGAAAGAUUGAAUUUUGAAACAAUACGGACACUUGUCGAUACAAUCAAUCAACAUGUUGUGAGAUUUAUUGAAGACCCACAAGCAAGGAAGCGUCUGCAGCUGAGAUGUACCUCGAAAUUGAAGAUUAAAAAGCAAGAGUACUUUGAGUUCUCUGAACAUUCAGUCUUGUCAAAUCUUUACUGGGGUAUUCUGAAUCUUGAGUCUGCAAUUCAGUCUAAAAACUCAGAGGAGAGUAUUACCAAGCUGAAGAGUACUGAGAAAAUGCUUCAGGUUCCAGCGCUGCUUAGUGAGCGUGGCAGAACCGCUGGGAUUCGGAAUCGCUUCUUAAUUUGCUGUUCUUAUUUUUAUCUAUCUCUAGUUCGGAAUCUCCAGAAGGAUGAGUGGCAGACGACAUUACACUUUCUUCAAGCGCUGCUAGUCUGCCCACGGCUUGUUAGAAUGGAAUUUAUCCCUGAAAUUUGUGAAAGUAUCUUCCUUCCUCGGUAUUCGAGUGAGAAUCGAGCAAGAGGUGAACUGAGAGGUUCAGAAUUAGAGUCUUUUGAUAACUUCUCUAGUGAUGAGAUGAUGAAACAACAGGCGAGAAGAUACAAAAGCUGGUUGAUGUAUUAUCAGAUCAUCUCAUAUGGAGAGAGUACUCAGUUGCACCGGAACCACCAGCUUGCUCCUUCCCUGGGAAAUGAACCACAAGCUUACAAUCCUGCAGGAGCUCACCACCAAUCACCGUGCAAGGAAAGUUCUAGCAUGCCUAUCAACCGCACCAGCUCUAAACAUUCCAACUUGGCUGAAGAUGGAAAUUGCUGGACGAAGUCUCACAACGGCACACAGGUUCACCCACCUGAUUACCAGGAACAUAUAAUUGAUGAAAUGGCAGAUAUGGCUAGAGCUUCAACACUGACUGCAAAGCAAACAAUCUCUCUACCCGAAGAUUCUGCGAGGACUAUUUCUGUGAACUGGGAUAAAAUUUACAAUAGAGACACAGAACGGAGCUUACAAAUAAAAAACAUUCAGGAUAUGUUGGAGGAGUCUCAGUCAUCAAGCUCUAUUCAUUCGCUUAAUGAUUUCCCUGAAGAAGGAGAUGCAUCAGAGGCAGAGUUGGAUGAUAUUCAAAGUUCACCAAGGAUUAGAAAAGAAGAGGAGGACGACACACAAUCAGAAACCACUGAUUGGGAGGUGCAAGCAACUUGCUCAGUUUCAAGCCCAUCGUGUACCGGUAAAGCUUCAGAAGAAGCUUCCCAGUGUUCAAUGCAUGAAGAUGCCUGUGAAGGGUAUUCAAGUUAUAUGUUUUCUAGCACAAGUCUUAGUUCUGUCAGCGACAUAAACUUAUCUAUAUCAGAACUGAAAAAGAUUGAUUCCAAUUCCUUUUACAAUUUGCAUGGUGAAGGAAGAGAAGCUCUAAAGAUAUCGGAACAUCAUAGUUUUAGACUCUUCGAUCACUUACAAUCUAAAGCACUCAAGGGCAAGACACUUACACAUCUGGGUGAGCUGAAGAAUUCUGCAAGGCACAAGCAAGAGUCAAACACCAGGGAAAGUAUUGAUGCAGUAAGGUUACAUUCUGGAAAGGAAGUGCAAACGGAAAUACAGUGGAUAUCUGAGAAGAGAGUUUCCACAUUAUGCUUGUCAGAUAAAAUUGAAAAAUGUGAAGAAGAUGAGGACAGUGUAGAACUUACAACCAUGCAGGAAGCUGAAGUGAAAUUUGAACAGCUGAGGAAUGCAACUCUUGAUCAAUUGUUGAAUAUCAUUUCGACUUCCAAAGAAGAAAGAGUCAUCCGGGUCGUAGUUUCUGUUCUCUUAACCAUGAUAGCAGAGAACAAAACUGUAAUAGAGGAUAUCAAGAGAAAGGGAUUACGUUUGUGCAACUUGGUAACUGCCAUAAAAUGUAAUGUGCAUGAUGCAGCUACUCUAAUCUAUUUGAUAAGCCCCUCGCCAAAAGAAAUAAAAGGUUUUGAGCUAUUACCCCAAUUACUGAAGGUGGCUUGCAAUUCGAGCAGCUAUAAAGAUGACUUCAUACAACCUGCACUAACACCUCGUGAAGCAGCAUUACUGAUGAUUGAAGUGCUAGUAACUGCUUUUGAUAGUGACACAAAUAACAUCCACUUGGCAGCAAUCAGUUCAAGUCAGGUUCUUUCUGAACUUGUGCAUGUCGCAAGAAGUAGUAAUAUCAAAGAGAUCACUUCUUUGACAUCUAUUUUAGUAAAAUGCAUGCAAUUUGAUGGAAAAUGUAGAAGUUUAAUAGCAACUUGUACUCCUAUGGAUCCAUUUCUGCAUCUACUAAGAAGCCGAGACAAACGUGCGGAAUGUUCCGCACUUCAAUUUUUUUAUGAGAUCCUUUGCAUGCCAAGGUCAUCAGCAAUAAGUCUAUUGCAUCAGAUACGACAACCAGACAGCGUCAACACUAUGGACAUAUUGAUGUCAUGCAUCCAACAGUCAGAACCUGAGUACAGGCUCAUGGCUGCAAACCUCUUGCUUCAGUUAGAUAUGCUGGAAGACUCAUCAGACAAGAGCAUAUUCAGGGAAGAGGCUAUGGAGGUUGUCCUUCAGUCAAUUACAUCUGAAGAAGGCUCUAAGACCCAAAUCCUGUCAGCGUGUAUACUAUCAAAUCUUGGAGGGACUUAUGCUUGGACAGGAGAACCUUAUACGGUGGCACGGCUGGUAACAAAAGCAGGUUUAAAAUCAUUCCAUCACAAGAAUAUGAUAAGAAACUUUGAUUGGUCAGAUCAAAUCCUAGAGGACACUAGCAUAGAUGAAUGGUGCAGAAAGAUUGCAAGAUGUAUCAUCACAAAAGGGGAACCUUUAUUCCGAGCAUUGGGGAAGGGACUAAGCAGCAAGAUAAAGAGUGUCUCAAGAGACUGUCUCAUAGCUAUUGCAUGGAUUGGCUGUGAAAUUGCCGCGAAGACUCCCCAGAAACUCAGAUACACUGCCUGUGAAAUUUUACUAAGUGGAAUAGAGAAGUUUCUGCAUCCUGGUUCAUAUCUGGAAGAGAGAUUACUAGCAUGUUUAUGUGUCUAUAAUUACGCUUCUGGCAAAGGCAUGCAGAAACUGAUUCCGUUUUCGGAGGGAGUGAGAGAGUCACUUAGACGUCUUUCGAACAUUUCAUGGAUGGCAGAGGAAUUACUAAAUGUAACUGAUUAUUUCCUUCAAACUAAAUCUCGCAUUUCUUGUGUCCACACACAAGUUCUGGAGAUGGGUCAGAACUGCAAUGAAGCUGUUAACGCUCUCAUUUACUACAAAGGACAACUUUACAGUGGACACUCAAAUGGCUCAAUAAAGGUAUGGGAUAUCAAUAAACAACGGGCCAAACUUGUAUGGGAUGUCAAAGAGCACCACAAAGAAGUGACAUGUUUUGCACUUUUUGAACCUGAAGGCAGUCUUUUAAGUGGAUCCAGUGAUAAAACUAUCAGGGUAUGGAAGAUGGUCAACCAGAAACUGGAAUGCAUAGAAGUAAUAAGUACAACGGAACCAAUCCACAAAAUCGAGACAUGCGGUCAGCAGAUCUUUCUAAUUACUGAGAGUCGUGGACUAAAGGUGUUUGAUGAGUCGAGAACUGCCAAAAUUAUUUGCAAGAGUAAACAAGUGAAAUGCUUAACCGUGACUCAGAGAAAACUUUACCUGGGCUGCGCAGAUUCAUCUAUCCAGGAAGUGGAUGUACCAAAUGAUCAACAUCGAGAACUUAAAUCUCCGGCAAAGAGAUGGCUCAAGCAAAACAAGCCAGCAAAUUCAGUGGUUGUUUAUCGAGACUGGCUUUAUGUUGCAAGUUCGAUAGUUGAAGGUUCAAACUUCAAGGAAUGGAGAAGACAAAUUGAACCCCAGAUGUUCAUAACAGUCGGGAAAGGUGAAAAGGUGAAGAUAAUGGGAGUAGUAGAGGACUUCAUAUACUUGACCUGCAGCUCGUCUCCAAGCAUCCUUCAGAUAUGGUUAAGAGGGACACAACAAAAAGUGGGAAGGUUAUCAGCAGGUAGCAGAAUAACGAGUCUACUUACAGCAAAUGACGUUGUUAUAUGUGGUACAGAAACCGGAUUGAUCAAGGGAUGGAUUCCAUUCUAGCUUACAGCACAUAAAUAACAGCUCCUGACGGGGAGUCUGUACCAUAUCAUCGAGAAUGAGUAUAUAGAAACAGAGUUUCAAUCGAUUUCACAUUGAGUUCCGUAUAUUAUAUAUAUUUGUAAAAUCCAAAAUUCUUUCUAUUAUUGCCCAAGAAUUAUUACCAUUUCUAUGUAUAUAUAUAUAUAUAUAUAUAUAUAUAUACUGUAAAUAGACUUGUAAUGAAAAGGAUUUGGUAUUGCAUUUGUGACCAACGGGGGGAGUUGUUGUUCAAAGUUUAAACCCAAUUGAACUUUACAACAAAACAAGAGACAAGUUAAACUCUCAAUCUAUACAAGU